UGUCCACCAAAUGCAUAGAGGUAUGUCCCGUUGAACUCUCAAAGUGAAGCUCCAUAUCUCUUUUUAUUCAAAAUUGCAAUCUCCUCUAACGUAUUCGUGUGGAUAUUAUAUCUGCUACAAGUCACAGUAGCUUGGUUGCUUAUCUGAAGUUUACCUCCAACAAUAUAGAUCUGACCAUUGAAGGAUUCACAGCCGAAAAGUUUACGGCCUUGCUUCAUGCGAAUUCUCUUUACCAUCUUCUCUUUAUUUUUCUUUAAACUCCCAUAUAGCAGGUGGAGUCUGAUCAUGGGUGUAGCCACCUACGAUGAAGACGCGAUUUUCAGGUUUCACUCAGACGACCUGUUGCCCAAUAGUCGACUUUCAUUUAGUGACCAUGCGAUGAACUUUGGGAUAAUAACAUUGUAAAACCUUCUAGACAACAGCUGCAGUGAAAUUAUCACCUCUUUCUCGAGGUAGGACAGCGUCACACUGAAAGCACUAGAGUGAAUGAAUUCAUUCUUUCCCAUCUUACUAAAAAUAUUAUAUA